UUUCUAUCAGCUGUUCGCGCGACCGCCUUUUGAAUUUAAUGAAAUGCGGCGCAGUCUGGCUCCCAGCCAACGUGGGCCACGGCAUCCCGAGUCGCGCCACUCCUUUACGCCGCCGCUGCUCAAGAAGAACAAGCGAUCCUGUCAGCAGGAGCUGGAACGGGAGCAAGAACUGGAAAGGAAGCGACAUAGUGCCCUCCGAGAUGCCAGCAACACAUUGGAGCUACCACUGCCUAUUCGAUUCACGGCAAACAGCGAGUAUGAGCGGGCCAUUGCCAAGGUGCUGGCGCGGAAGUUCAAGGUGCCCAUGGACAAUUACGUACCGGAUUACGGUGGGAAACGUGUCCUGGGCGUGCGGCGCUGCAUUUCCCGGCGACCUCUACACGAUCCGGUAGCCUGUAACGCCCUGGUACUCUUCCAUCCACCCGCCUACACAGAGCACGAGCGCAUGGGCAUGGAUCCGAGCAAGGUUCUGGUGCACGUCGUCGUCGAUCCGCUGCUGGGCAACAUCCUGCGGCCGCACCAGCGCGAAGGCGUUCGUUUCAUGUACGAGUGUGUGGAGGGAAAGCGGGGCAACUUCAAUGGAUGCAUCAUGGCCGACGAAAUGGGUCUCGGAAAGACGCUGCAGUGUGUAACGCUGGUGUGGACACUUCUACGGCAGGGCCCCGAGUGCAAGCCCACGAUCAACAAAGCCAUUGUUGUGUCUCCAUCGUCGCUGGUCAAGAACUGGGAGAAGGAGUUCCACAAGUGGCUUCAGGGUCGACUCCUUUGCCUGCCCAUGGAGGGAGGCACUAAGGAGAACACCAUCCGAGCUCUGGAGCAGUUUUCCAUGACCUCUUCGCGGCUGGGGACACCUGUUCUGCUGAUCAGCUACGAGACGUUUCGCAUCUACGCGGAGAUCCUGUGCAAGUACGAGGUGGGAAUGGUGAUAUGCGACGAGGGUCAUCGCCUCAAGAACAGCGAUAAUCUCACGUAUCAGGCUCUGAUGGGCCUGAAGACAAAACGGCGGGUCCUGCUUUCCGGAACUCCCAUCCAGAACGAUCUUACCGAAUACUACAGUCUGGUGAACUUUGUAAACCCGGAGAUGCUGGGCACAGCGGCCGUGUUCAAGCGCAACUUCGAGAGCGCUAUCCUGCGUGGUCAGAAUACCGACUCCACGGAAGCGGAGCGACAACGGGCCAUAGCGAAGACACAAGAACUGAUAGGACUGGUCGAUCAGUGCAUCAUUCGCCGCACCAAUCAGAUUCUCACCAAAUAUCUGCCCGUUAAGUUUGAAAUGGUUAUCUGUGCAAAACUGACAUCGAUUCAGCUCGAGCUCUAUACAAAUUUCUUAAAGUCUGAUCAAGUUCGACGUAGUUUGGCGGACUGCAAUGAAAAGACUUCGCUGACGGCACUGGCGGAUAUUACAACGCUUAAGAAAAUUUGCAGUCAUCCGGAUCUCAUAUAUGAGAAGAUCACUGCGCGGGAAAAGGGUUUCGAAAACUCCCACAACGUGCUGCCAAGCAAUUACAAUACAAAGGAUCUUAAUCCCGAGCUAAGUGGCAAGUUCAUGCUCCUGGAUUUUAUGCUGGCAGCAAUACGUGCAGACGGCAACGACAAGGUGGUCCUCAUUUCCAAUUACACACAGACCCUGGACUUGUUUGAGCAACUCGCGAGGAAGCGAAAGUACGGAUUUGUCCGACUCGAUGGCACCAUGUCCAUCAAGAAGCGCUCGAAGGUUGUUGACCGGUUCAAUGACCCGGAGUCGGACAGUUUCCUGUUCAUGCUGAGCAGCAAGGCUGGCGGGUGCGGCUUGAACUUGAUUGGAGCCAACCGCCUGUUCAUGUUCGACCCGGACUGGAAUCCGGCCAACGAUGAACAGGCAAUGGCCAGAGUGUGGCGUGACGGGCAAAAGAAGCCCUGUUACAUAUAUCGCCUGGUUGCCAGUGGCUCCAUUGAGGAGAAGAUCCUGCAGCGACAGACGCACAAAAAGUCCCUGUCAAGCACCAUCAUCGACAACAACGAGUCGGCCGAGAAGCAUUUCACCCGUGACGAUCUGAAGGACUUGUUUACAUUUGAUGCAGACAUUCUGUCCGACACACAUGACAAACUCAAGUGCAAGCGCUGCGUCCAAAAUGUCCAAAUGAAGCCUCCGCCCGACGACACGGACUGCACCUCGCAUUUGUCCCAAUGGUACCAUUGCUCCAACAACAAAGGUCUGCCCGACAAUAUUCUCGCCCAGGCCUGGAUGGAUUGCAAGUGCGUAUCUUUUGUCUUCCACCACCGGUCGCAGGCUCAGGAAAUUGUGGCGAGUGCAGGGGAGGCAGCCACCGAACAGCCAGAAGAUAAACCUGAUCGCCGCAAGCGACCAUCCACGCCCCCCAGCGAUGACAGUGCCGAUGAGGACUUUCUUGGAUUCUAGCAAUUGU